GGUUUGCACUAACGUUCACCCAACGUCAGCCUUCGGGGCCCUAGCGGACCCGGCGGCGGCCUGACGUCACGGCGGCGUGAUGACGCAGUGGUGGAAGCGACGGUCCGCUUUUGGAGGGGAAAAUUUUGGCUUGCGCGGCGGAGGGUCGGUUACCGCGGGUGGCUUUAAGGGUCCCGGGUUGGGACCGUGGCCGUGGCCUUGGUUUCAGCUUAUGUGGAGAACUUGCUGUGGAAGCCACCUAUAAAUCCAUUUAAUUUAUGGAGGAGACUGCAAGUGAUGGAAAUGAUUCAGAAGAACUCUUUUCCCGUUUUGAAAGUAGAUCAGAGAAAGAACCUUUACCAGAGGAUGCCAGUGAAAGUCAUCUCAGCUGCCUAAAGCAGGGCAUCCAUAAUGAGAAGACCGAAUUGGAAGCAUUGUUUAAGGAGGCCGAGUUAGCAACUUGUUCUGCAGAAUUACUUCUGCCAUUAUUUAAGGACACCAUUGAAGAGCUUAGUUUUGAAAAUAGAGGGGAAAGUUUAUUCAACUUGUUAGAGAAACUAACUGAUAAUGAAAGUGAAAACAUUAAUCUUAAGAACAAGGUACUUGAAAAGGAGACCUAUAUCCAAGAACUUUCUUCUUUGUUUCAGAAUGAAAAGGCAAAUGCUUUGAAAGCAAGACGUUUUUCACAAUCAGUGAAAGUGGUACAUGAACGACUGCAGUCCCAAAUUCAUAAAAAGGAAGCAGAGAAUGAUAAAUUAAAAGAACACAUAAAGAGUUUAGAAACCCAAAUAUCAGAAUGGAAUUUGCAGUUGAAAAAGAGUAAGUAUGAGGCUGUAGCAAUGAAAGAAUCAAGUAGGCAAAAAACUAUCGCUUUGAAAAAGGCAUCUAAAAUUUACAAACAAAGGAUUGAACAUUUUACUGGAGACAUGGAAAACCUUACUUCCCAAAUUAGAGAGCAGGAAGCCAAGUUGUCUGAAACAGUUUCAGCUUCCAAUGCCUGGAAAAGUCAUUAUGAGAAAAUAGUAAUAGAGAAAACUGAGUUGGAAGUUCAGAUCGAAACAAUGAAAAAGCAAAUCAUUAAUCUUUUGGAAGAUCUGAAGAAAAUGGAAGAGCAUGGAAAAAUUUCAUGUGAAGAAAUUCUUAGAAAACUUCACUCAAUUGAAUAUGAAAAUGAAACUCUGAAUCUUGAGAAUACAAAAUUAAAGACUACACUUGCUGCUUUGAAGGAUGAGAUUGCCUCUGUUGAAAAUGAACUCUUAGAAUUGCAAGAAGUAGAAAAACAACAGAAAACUCUUAUUGAAGUUUAUAAAACUCAGAUACAAAAGGUGCAAGAAGCAGCUGAAAUGGUAAAAAGCAGAUGUAAAAAUUUGCUACAAGAAAAUAGCCUAAUAACAAAAAACAAAAAUAAAAAAUUAAAAAAGGUUAAUGAAAAUCAUAAUCUUCUGACAAAGCUUUCUCUGGAAGAGGAAAAUUAUCUUAUUCAGUUAAAGUGUGAAAACCUUAAACAAAAAUUAGAACAGAUGGAUGCAGAAAAUAAAGAGCUUGAAAAGAAGCUAGCAAACCAAGAAGAAUGUCUUAAGCACAGCAAUCUGAAGUUUAAAGAAAAAUCUGCAGAAUAUACAGCACUGGCCAGACAGCUGGAAGCUGCUUUAGAAGAAGGAAGACAAAAGGUUUCUGAAGAAAUAGAGAAAAUGUCAUCUAGAGAAAGGGCUUUACAAGUCAAAAUAGUAGAUCUGGAAAAUGAACUUAGAAAGAAAAAUGAAGAACAAAAUCAACUUGUUUGCAAAAUGAACAGUAAAGCACAACAUCAGGAAGUAUGUUUGAAAGAAGUACAACAUAGUCUUGAAAAGUCAGAGAAUCAAAAUGAGAGUAUUAAGAAUUAUUUACAGUUUCUUAAAACCUCUUAUGUAACAAUGUUUGGAUAAAUUUUUGGCUUUACUUUCUAUAAACAAUAGAUUUUUACUAUGAGUAAAAAGUAAUUAGGUAAAAAAUAAAUAUGUUAUCUGUUGCUAUACUUUAUGAUUUAUGAGUGGUGCUAUUAGGCUUUUAUAUAAAGAUUUUUGAAAUGUAAUUUAUUAUCCAAUUGAAAUUUUAAAACAAGAUACAUGUUAAUAUUCCUUUUUUGCUGGAUAGUCUUCACUUAACUCUGGAUUAAUAUCUAUUUAAUUUAUUUUGGUUUCUAGAAUAUUUUAUAUACAGAAAAGAAGCUAGAAUCAUUCUUUGUGAAUUUAGCCACCAUUCAAAUGAAUUUGUAAUAAACCUUGGCCAAUUAUGAGCCAAAUACAUGAUUUUAAAUAAUGUAUGUAAUUGUUUUACACUAUAGUGCUGUAUGUGUAUAUAUUAAUAUAAUAAAAGAAAAUACUCUGAAUAUUAUUUUUAAUAAUGAUAUAAUUACAUACUUUUAAAGUUGCCAAAUGUCUCAGUGUACUUAAUAUUGUUUCAAAUAUAUGCUAAAAUGCCAUUAUAAUUUCUGUCAGGUUUUAAAUAUAGAAUUUUAAGUCAUGGCUUUAUUAAAUGCCAACUGACAGUGACAGAUGAAAACACGCAUGCAUUGUUUCUUUAUAGAGAAGAGGUCUUUAGUCUUUCCUGUGAAUUUAUAGUCUCUUUUUGUUCAUCUUAUGUUAGUGAUUGAUAUUAUUAGUGUAGACAUUCUGAAACCCCUGAGUUAACUGAGAGAUUAAAGAGGAGUGAUUUUUCCUACCCCUUCCCAUGGCCAACUCACAUGGGAUGAUCAAAAUAAACACUCUUAAUACCA